ACUCCUCUCAGCGUCGCAUUCAUUCCGCAGGCUUCAUGUAGAGAGGUAAACAUGUCUAUAAUGGGAGGCAGUACAAGAGGGUUUUAUUUCAACACAGUGCUGUCUCUGGCCCGCUCCCUUGCUGCCCACAGACCUGCUCCGGUGGAAAAGGUCCAGAAGCUGCAAUGUAUGUGUCCAGUGGAAGUCCGUGGUGUGUUCACUUUAGAUUUUCGGCGCAGAGAUGCAGUUAUUGCACUCGCUGUGUUUCUGGUGGAGUCUGGCCUACAGCACAAAGACAUACUUGUUCCCUACUUGCUGAGCCUAUUGAAAGGCCUGCCAAGGGUCCAGUGGAUCGAAGAAGGGUUGGGAAAGAAAGGAAAGCAUUUUCUGCCAGUUGCAGAAAACUUCAGUUUUUGUCUAGUAACACUUUUAUCAGAUGUGGCUCAGAGAGACCCAGGUUCCAGAAUUGAGAUCUUGAACAGUGUACUGGAAGUCAUGAAGUCAUUUCAGAAUAUGGUCCAAACCCCUGAUAAUCAUGACAAAGGUUUCCUCUGCAGGUACAUUGUCCCCAGUCUGCUCGGCAUUGCUCGGGCGUUCGGCCGCUACAGCAACACAGAAGAAGCCCUGCUGUCCAAGUUAUUCCCCAAAGAUUUGCCUCAGACCCGCUGCGUCACAGACGAAAACGAAGGCGUUAGGCGCAGAUCCUUCAAUGACUUUCGUUCUAUUAUGCCGUCUUCGCUGCUCACAGUGGUUCAGAGCGACACUCUGCGCAGACGCACAGGGAACAACCUGGGUUCCUCUGCACAGAUCUCCUCAGACCCGGCAGGCCACUCACCCUGCUCUCCCACGACUCCUAGCCCACAUUACUUUGAAGGUACCUAUCUUCCAGACAGCAGCUCAGUAGACCCCGACUACUAUUUCUCCACGGUCAGCUCCAGUUUUUCAAUGUCUCCUCUUUUCAUGGGUGUCGGCGAAAAUGAGGUUGAGGUUCCCCUUGAUCUUCUCCUACAGCUCCUCAGCAUGGUGAAAAAGUUUGUUUCGGACUCCUUCUUGAAAACUCUCGACACCACUAUGACAGAGGUUGCAGAGUCUAAUCCUGGAAUCAACUUCUAUUACAAAACAUUCAGUGACCCACUGUAUGUGUGUGUGUUCAAAAUGCUGCGAGACACACUGUACAACAUGAAAGCCUCGCAGCCUGCUUUUGUGCGGGAAGUACACGACUUUGUCCUGGAGCAGUUUAGCAGCAGCCAGUCGGAGCUGCAGCGGGUACUUCAUGAUACUGUGGCGUUGCCGGGGGAACAGAGCCCGCUCAAGCUUCGUUGCCAAGCCAAUGCUGCCUGCGUGGACCUCAUGGUGUGGGCCGUCAAAGAUGAGCAAGGAGCUGAGAAUUUGUGCACCAAACUGUCAGAAAAGCUUCAGUCAAAAACAUCGAGCAAAGUUAUCAUUGCUCACAUGCCCCUGCUCAUUUGUUGCUUACAGGGUCUUGGACGUCUAUGUGAGAGGUUUCCGGUUGUUGCCCACUCUGUAACAACUUCUCUGAGGGAUUUUUUGGUCGUUCCUUCCCCGGUUCUUAUUAAACUCUACAAAUAUCACAGCCAGUACAGCACAGGCACUGGGGAAAUUAGGAUAAAUGUGACGAAUGAGCAUUCUCUGUCAACAAUCAACAUGCUCUCAAAUAAAAAGGACCAGUCCUCCAUGUACGAGCAGCUCAGAGACAUUUCCAUCGACAACAUCUGCAGAUGUCUCAAAGCUGGCUUGACAAUGGACCAAGUGAUCGUAGAGGCUUUUUUAGCUAGUCUCUCCAACCGUCUGUACAUUUCACAGGAGAAUGAAAAGGACGCUCAUCUAAUUCCAGAUCACACCAUUCGAGCGCUGGGUCAUAUUGCAGUCGCUCUGAGAGACACUCCUAAAGUCAUGGAGCACAUUUUACAAAUCCUUCAACAAAAGUUCUGCCAGCCUCCGUCCCAGCUGGAUGUGCUCAUUAUAGACCAACUGGGUUGCAUGGUCAUUACAGGCAAUCAAUACAUCUACCAGGAGGUGUGGAAUCUGUUUCAGCAGAUCAGCGUGAAAGCCAGUUCUGUGGUUUACUCAGCCACCAAAGACUACAGAGAUCAUGGUUACAGGCAUUGCUCUCUGGCUGUAAUAAAUGCUUUAGCAAACAUUGCAGCCAACCUGCAGGGGGAGCAGCUGGUGGAUGAGCUGCUGGUGAACCUUUUAGAACUGUUUGUCCAACUGGGACUAGAAGGAAAAAGAGCAAGUGAGAGGGCCUCUGACAAGGGACCAGCACUGAAGGCAUCGAGUAGUGCUGGAAACCUUGGAGUUCUUAUUCCGGUUAUUGCUGUGUUGACCAGGCGACUUCCUGCAAUCAAGGAGGCCAAACCUCGUCUCCAGAAGCUGUUCCGGGACUUCUGGUUGUACUCUGUGGUCAUGGGAUUUGCAGUGGAAGGAUCAGGACUUUGGCCAGAGGAGUGGUAUGAAGGUGUGUGUGAAAUUGCCACAAAGUCUCCUCUCCUCACCUUCCCAAGCGGGGAACCUCUUCGUUCUGAGCUGCAGUACAACUCAGCUCUGAAAAAUGACACAGUGACACCGGCUGAGUUGAGUGAACUGCGGUUAACAAUCAGCAAUUUGCUCGACCCUCCUCCUGAAGGAUCUGCCCUCAUUAACAAGCUGGAUUUUGCCAUGUCCACCUACCUGCUCUCUGUCUACCGGUUAGAAUACAUGAGGAUGCUGCGAUCCAAUGAUGCGGACAGAUUCCAGGUCAUGUUUCGGUACUUCGAGGAUAAAGCCAUCCAAAAAGAUAAAUCUGGAAUGCUCCAGUGCAUUAUUUGUGUUGGUGAUAAGGUGUUUGAUGUCUUCCUCCAGAUGAUGGCUGAAAAGCCGAAAACUAAAGAACACGAGGAGGAGCUGGAACGACAUGCACAGUUCUUAUUGGUCAACUUUAACCACACUCACAAGAGAAUCCGCAGGGUGGCAGACAAAUAUCUCUCUGGUUUGGCUGAAACAUUUCCUCAUCUUCUGUGGAGUGGUCGAGUCCUGAAGACCAUGUUGGAUAUCUUGCAGACACUCUCUCUGUCUUUAAGUGCUGACAUACACAAGGAUCAACCAUAUUAUGACAUUCCAGACACACCGUACAGGAUCACUGUUCCAGACACGUAUGAAGGUCGAGAGAGUAUAGUGAAGGACUUUGCAGCACGCUGUGGUGAGAUCCUAAAAGAAGCAAUGAAAUGGGCCCCUUCAGUCACAAAGUCCCACCUGCAGGAGUACCUUAACAAACAUCAGAUCUGGGUGUCAGGACUUUCUCAACACACAGGCCUCGCCAUGGCCACAGAAAGCAUUUUGCACUUUGCAGGCUACAACAGGCAGAGCACCACACUUGGCGCUGCUUUCCCUCAGGUCACUCAGCUGACAGAGAGACCAGCAUGUGUGAAGAAGGAUUACUCCAACUUUAUGGCAUCACUCAACCUAAGAAACCGCUACACCGGAGAGGUGGCCGGUAUGAUCCAAUUUUCAGAGGCAACCCACAGCCACUCUGACCUUAGCAAGCUGAUGAUCAGUCAGAUGACCAGCGCUCUUGAAAGAAAAGACCCUGAUUCCUUCACUCAAGCUAUGUUCAAGAUGGCUGCUCUGCUUAUAAAUACCAAAAACUGUGAUCCACAGCUGCUGCACCAUCUGUGCUGGUCUCCACUGAAGAUGUUUUCAGAGCAUGGGAUGGAAACAGCUAUUGCCUGCUGGGAAUGGCUUCUUGCUGCUCACAAUGGGGUGGAAGUGCCAUUCAUGCGUGAGAUGGCAGGAGCUUGGCAGAUGACUGUGGAGCUCAAGAUGGGUUUGUUUUCAGAAACUCAAGUCGAGGCCGGACCCCUGGCUGUCUCAGAGGAAAGCCAGCCUACACCCUGUGCUCCUGAUGUCAUUCCUCACUUCCUCUGGAUAGAGUUCCUGGUGCAGAGGUUUGAGAUAGCUAAAUACAGUAGUGCAGACCAGGUGGAGAUCUUCAUUUCCAUUUUGCAGAGAUCUCUUUCACUGAGUGUCGGAGGAUCCAAAUGCAGCCUGAAUCGACACGUUGCUGCCAUUGGGCCAAGAUUCAGACUGCUGACUCUGGGUUUAACUCUGCUGCAUGCUGAUGUUGUGACAAACGCCACCAUCAGAAAUGUGCUGCGAGAAAAGAUCUAUUCUACAGCCUUCGACUUCUUCAGUGUUGCUCCCAAAUUUCCCACUCAGGCAGAUAAGAGGCUCAGAGAAGACAUCAGUAUAAUGAUAAAGUUCUAUGCCUGCCUGCAAUCUGACAAGAAGUACCUCACUGCCACCCAGCUGGUCCCACCAGAUCCCCAGGACAUGUCGGUGAACAGCCUGUCUGUAAUGGCAGUCACAGACAGUCGGAGCAGUCUGGACGUAGCUGUGGGUCAGAGGCAGCAGAGUGCUCAAGGGUGGAUCAACACCUACCCCCUGUCCUCAGGGAUGUCCACCAUUUCCAAGAAGUCAGGGCUCUCUAAAAAAAGCAACAGAGGUUCUCAGCUGCACAAAUACUACAUGAAACGCAGGACACUUUUACUGGCUUUACUGGCCAGUGAUAUCGAGCGGCUGACAAUAUGGUACAACCCGUUAUCCGCUCAAGAGCUCGCUAUCGCAACAGAGCAGUCGGUGGAAACCAGCAUUGCCAACUGGAGGUCCAAAUACAUCAGUCUGACAGAAAAACAGUGGAAAGACAACGUCAACCUGGCCUGGAGUAUAUCUCCUUACCUGGCUCUGCAGCUUCCUGCCAGAUUUAAAAACUCAGAGUCUAUUGUGUCUGAAGUGACACGUCUGGUACGAAUGGAUCCGGCUUCUGUGUGCGAUGUUCCUGAAGCAGUAAAGUUCUUGGUGACCUGGCACACAAUUGAUGCGGACUCUCCAGAACUCAGUCAUAUCCUGUGCUGGGCCGCAGCAGAUCCACCAACUGGACUGUCCUACUUCUCCUCCAUGUAUCCUCCUCACCCCCUCACGGCCCAGUACGGUGUCAAAGUGCUGCGCUCCUUUCCUCCUGAUGCUAUUUUAUUUUACAUUCCUCAAAUUGUCCAGGCCCUUCGUUACGAUAAGAUGGGCUAUGUGAGAGAGUACAUCCUAUGGGCCGCUCAGAAGUCUCAACUGUUGGCUCACCAGUUUAUCUGGAACAUGAAGACCAACAUUUACUUGGACGAGGAGGGACACCAGAAAGACCCGGACAUCGGGGAGCUGCUGGAAGAGAUGGUGGAGGAGAUCACUGGAUCUCUCUCUGGGCCGGCCAAAGACUUUUACCAAAGAGAGUUUGACUUCUUCAAUGAGAUCACCAACGUCUCUGCUAUUAUCAAGCCUAUUCCUAAAGGGGAGGAGAGGAAAAAGGCCUGCCUGGAAGCUUUGGCAAAGAUUAAAGUCCAGUGUGGCUGUUAUCUUCCCAGUAACCCUGAGGCCAUAGUUUUGGAUAUAGACUAUAAGUCUGGUACUCCCAUGCAGAGUGCUGCCAAGGCGCCAUACCUGGCUAAGUUUAAAGUUAAGAGAUGUGGAGUGAGUGAGCUAGAAAAAGAAGGUCUUCAGUGCCAUUUGGAUUCUGUGGAUGAGAUGGACGGUGAGGAAGAGGCCAGGAGAAUCUGCUGGCAAGCAGCAAUCUUCAAAGUUGGAGAUGACUGCAGACAGGACAUGUUGGCUCUGCAGAUCAUCAGCCUGUUCAAAAACAUCUUUCAGCUGGUGGGACUUGAUCUCUAUGUCUUUCCUUACAGAGUGGUGGCCACAGCUCCUGGAUGUGGAGUGAUUGAGUGCAUCCCAGACUGCAAGUCCCGGGACCAACUGGGCCGGCAGACCGACUUCGGCAUGUAUGAUUACUUCAGGAACCAGUACGGAGAUGAAUCCACACUUGCAUUUCAGAAGGCACGAUAUAACUUCAUCCGCAGUAUGGCAGCUUACAGCUUGCUGCUCUUCCUGCUGCAGAUAAAAGACAGACACAACGGCAACAUCAUGCUGGACAGCAAGGGCCAUAUCAUUCACAUUGACUUUGGGUUCAUGUUUGAAAGUUCUCCUGGUGGGAAUCUCGGCUGGGAGCCAGAUAUUAAGCUCACAGAUGAGAUGGUGAUGAUCAUGGGUGGGAAGAUGGAGGCGACACCUUUCAAGUGGUUCAUGGAGAUGUGUGUGAGGGGUUACCUGGCUGUAAGGCCCUACAUGGACGCUGUGGUCUCUUUAGUAAAUCUCAUGCUGGAUACAGGUCUUCCCUGCUUCAGAGGGCAGACCAUCAAACUACUCAAGCAACGAUUCAACCCUGGUUUGAGCGAGAAAGAUGCAGCUUCCUUUAUCAUUAAAGUCAUCCAGAACUGCUUCCUCAGCAACAGGAGCAAAACGUACGAUAUGCUUCAGUACUACCAAAACCAGAUCCCAUACUAGGCGUCUGUGCCUGAGCAUGUGCAUCUGUUGGCUGGUACAUAAUGUAUGUGCCUUCAUUAAAUUCCCCUCGUUUUGAUAAUUGUUAGAUACUGUCUGUUAUAUUUGCUUUAGCAUCCUUUAGUUAUUGUUAUGUUAAAAUGAAUGUUAAUCCUAAUUAUUGUAUGGAUGCACUAGCAUCAUGGAUUUUGAGUAUUUCGACAAAUAUCUCUUGUUAAUCUGCACGUUCAGUAGAUACUUUAUCGGAGUUUGUGCUAAUUUUUUAUUGUUAUAUUUGUGAAUGUGGCUUCUUUUGUUUUAAUUGGGGUUUGGAAUUUGAAUACAGGUGGAUAUUUUAUGGUAGCAGAAGUAGACGAGUAUCAGUUCUGACCAUUGUGGCCUAUAAUGUCAUCCUGUACUUGACUGUAAUACUGUGCUUCUCUUUUUAAUGGACCAGUUGGAGUUAUUUGACCCGUUUUACAGGACGACUUGACUGUAUAUGCAUGGAUGUAACUGUUUAUUUUGGAGUUUUCAUAUUUCCACUAUCAAUGGGUGAAAGGAUGUGCACAAGUUCUGGAAAACAUUGAGACUGACUUGUAAAUAAUUAGCAUUGCCAAAGGCAGGGGAGGGGAAGAUGGUGCACUGGAAUCAAGGUUUUCUAUUGUCCGUGAGACAAUGUUAAGCUAUAUUUUUAAUAUUGGACAGUUGCACGAAGUUAAAUGUUAAAUGUCAUUUGGCUUGUGUCCAGUGUGGCUUCUGGCGAAUUUGGCUUUAGUAAUUCAAAGGUCUGUACCUCAUGUCAACAUUGUUUACUUAUGUAAGUUCUUGAUUGUCAAUGGCUGUAAAAAUUUAUCUUCUCUUUGUAUAUUUAUAUCCAUGAUCCAUUUUCUGUUUCCUUUUCUAUUUUCAUUCAUUUUCAAUGACAAUGCAGAUAUGAAAUGAAAUAAAGCUCUAUUAACUUAAAAAAAAGAAA